GAAAAUUAGAGGAGAAGAGCAGGUCCAACAGAUGGUGAGGGCGUGGGGCCCGGCCACCGAACAAGGUGUUGAAAUCGCAGAGGGAGAGAGAGAGAGAGCUAGCUUUCCCUGCUACUAAUUGGUUUGGUUUGGUUUGCUUUGCUUUGACCCUUAUUUGGUGUUGCUGUUGGUGGCUGUUCGAAGAACAGCAUCAGGUAGCUGAUAAUGGCAGGGAGAUCCUUUUCCCUCUCCUGCAGACCUCCUCCCAUUCUCCUCUGUGUGUCCCUGAGCUAGAGAAACAACAUCACCAAGCAAGAAGAGAGGGGCAGGGAAGGAGAAGGCACAGGCAUCUGUUCUUGCAGGGAGGGAUUCAGGUUGGUUGGUUCUCCAGUGAUUUUUGGAAGGCCCAGAAAUUGGGGAUUUUCCCCAUGUGCAAGAAUUAGUGCUUAGUUGUUCAUGAUCCCAGCGUUCUCCGCACCAAAAUAGCAACAAACUCGUGAGGACCUUCAUUUGUCGGUGCCCUGUGAGAAGGCUUCGGUUGCUGAAGAUUUCAUUUCCUGCAGAGGGCACUGUUGGUGUCCCCUUCGAUUUUGCAAUCCAAGACAGAGUAUGCGGCGUGUCCGAGUCUCGUCCCACCAGUCUCCUGUCCACAAGCUAGGCGACUCACAGAUGAAACUGACACCCAAAUUCCGGUUUGCCACGACCUCUGCAUUGCCGUCGCCGGUUCCAUCCUCGGAUUUGGAGCAGUCCUCAUGGGAGACACCACUGAUACCUGGUCUCCCUGAUGACGCCGCACUCAACUGCCUCCUCCGGCUGCCUGUUGAAGCGCAUGAUGCCUGCAGGCUUGUGUGUCGCCGGUGGCAUCACCUCCUGGCCGACAAGGCACGAUUCUUCAUGCAGAGGAAGUUGCUGGGAUUCCAUACUCCAUGGCUGUUCACCCUGGCGUUUCACCGUUGCACCGGUAAGAUAGAGUGGAAGGUGCUGGACCUGAACUACCUAACCUGGCAUACGAUUCCCACCAUGCCGUGCCGGGACCGGGCUUGCCCACGUGGGUUUGGUUGUGUUGCAAUCCCCAGCGAUGGCACCCUUCUUGUUUGCGGUGGUCUGGUCUCUGAUAUGGAUUGCCCAUUACACUUGGUCCUCAAGUAUGAGAUCUACAAGAACAGAUGGACGGUGAUGACCCGAAUGCUCGCUGCUCGGUCUUUCUUUGCUGGUGGUGUGAUUGAUGGACAGGUUUACGUUGCUGGAGGUUAUAGUGCGAACCAGUUUGAACUCAAUUCUGCAGAGGUUCUUGAUCCGGUUAAAGGUGUUUGGCAACCAGUCGCUAAUAUGGGCAUGAACAUGGCUUCUUCUGAUUCAGCUGUCAUCAAUGGUAGGCUUUAUGUCACUGAAGGGUGUGCAUGGCCUUUCUUCUCGUCGCCGAGAGGACAAGUGUAUGAUCCGAAAAUCAACCGCUGGGAGGCAAUGCCAGCUGGAAUGCGUGAAGGAUGGACAGGAUUAAGUGUGGUCAUUGACGAACAUCUGUUUGUCAUUUCAGAGUAUGAGAGGAUGAAGGUUAAGAUCUAUGAUCCAGAGACGGAUUCAUGGGACUCGGUCAAUGGCCCAGCGAUGCCUGAGCGGAUUAUGAAACCCUUCUCCGUCAGUUGUCUGGACAGAAAGAUAGUUGUUGUUGGCCGAGGUCUCCAUGUAGCGAUUGGCCACGUCAAGAAGCAACCUGGUAGCAUUUCUGGUAACAGGAGUUCAAGCUACUCCAUUUGUUGGCAAGAUGUGGAUGUUCCUAGGGAAUUCAGCGAUCUGACACCUUCGAGCAGCCAGAUUCUGCAUGCUUAACUGCUCGUAAAGCCAUGGUAAUUGCAGAAAGACACAGCUGAUCAUCCUUGUUCCGCUUUCUGAUUGGCCAACUAUUUAAACUGCCCCUUCGAGCUGUACAAUUGUACAAUUGUUGUGUCCUGUAUGUUAGACUAUUUUCUAGUCAGAGCUCUAUAGUCUGGAGAUGCUGUACCAGUAAAGACAUAAAUUAAGCUUCUUUUCAAGGAAAAGACGAAAUAAAUUGAGACAUUGCUGUAAGUAGAUAUCUGUCGGUUCUUGGACGGGAUUCUUGUAUUUUUGCUUUUUGCUCUUUACAUUGAACAGAAUAGUUGCUGAGUGCAUUCUGCCAAUGUUGCAUUACAUAGUUGACAACCUGAUCGUGUAAAUUUUCAA